AUGAGUUACCGUCUGCCGAGACUAGUACUGUUUUUCGUGCCCGAUUCGGAGUGGCGAAAACCUAAAGAUGGACGGAAUUUGACAUGGCAGAAGGGAAUAAAGGGUGUUACGAAAUGCUUGAGUGUUCCGACCCACUUACCCAAGCGCGUUCGUGUCCCGUUUGCUGAGCCAGAACUGACUUGGUGCGUCGUGAUUCCCGUGCGAUUGCACCGCCAAUCGGAAUCACGAGACUGUUGUCUGGAUGGACGACUACUAAGCCGAAAUUCCGCCCAUCGUUACUUGAUCAAGACAUCCAUCAGUAACACCGAUGCCUCAAUGCCGUACAGCCAUGACCUAUUUGAAAGCCUUAUUGUAAAGAAAAGAAUAAAGCCUGGUAUGAUGGACUGGGUGAGUCGCGGGACACUCUCCAGUAUAGCUCAAUGGAUCGCUGAGGUGCGCAAACCGUCACACAACGGCUUCAAACUGUCCCUUCUGUGGUUUUUAUUCGAGCCGUUCGGAACAAGAAACUUGUAA